AAAACCCCGAGUUAAACUUUCUGCAGGUGGUGUAACAAAAAUACUAAAAUAUGUCAGACACAGACGUGGAUAACGAAGCUCAAAAGCCGAAGGACGUCUUCUCCACUCUCGUAGCUGUUGGGGACUGUUUGUACCUUAAAGGAGUGUACAACAAGGCGAUAGACAGCUACACUGCGGCGCUGUCUAUGAAACCUGACGAUAAGACAUGCCUUGUCGGCCGAUCCAAGUGUUACCUGAGGAUGGGGCAGUUUGAAAAUGCGCUGAAAGAUGCUGAAGCUUCCCUUAAAGAAGAUAAGACAUUUUUUAAGGGGUUGUACCAGAAAGCAGAAGCUCUGUACUAUAUGGGAAAAUUUGAAUUUGCACUGGUGUUUUACCACAGAGGACAAAAGCUACGUCCUCUAAUGCAGGAGUUCAAACUAGGUAUCCAGAAAGCAGAGGGAGCCAUUGAAAAUUCUGUUGGCAGUCCUUCUUCUAUGAAAUUGGAGAUUAAGAAUGAGGACACUACUAAGAUGGAACAGCCUGUCACUGCUACUCAGCAUCUGACCACAGAGAAAAAACAGCGAAACCAGAAGAUCCCAAAGAGUGAGAAGACGACCAAGAAACUGCUUGGAGAGUUUUACAGCGACAAGAAGUUUCUAGAAAACCUGCUUAAUAAUGAAGAUUUGACAAAAAGUAAGUCAAAAGGUGGGGAACGACUGCAAGACGUCAUUCAGAGCUGCCUCACAUCUCUCGACACUUGCACCAAGUUUUUGAGUCAAAAGAAACCAAUCUGUUCACCAGAGGGGCAGCGCAAGCAAAAAAGUACCAAGCCCCAUCGAAGCCCAUCCUACGAUCUUGUUCCAUUUCUGCUGAAAAGUCUGGAUGAAAUUGAUGCAGAGUUGACGUCUGGAAAUGCGGAGGGUAGUCUGAAGAAGGCAGUGGAGGUCAUGAAUAUCGUUCAGGGGUGGUCAGAGAAAGACAUGCCAGAUAAGAAAGAGGUUAUGGGCAGCCUGCACAGUUGUAUUGGGAAUGCCUUGUUUGACUUGGGAGACUUGGACAAAGCAUUGGAACAUCAUCAAAAAGACUUGGAGCUGGCUUCAGGGUGCAAACUCUCAGAGGCAAUGUCGCGAGCUCUUGACAACAUCGGGCAGAUUUAUGCCCAGAUUGGACAGUACAACCAGGCCAUUGGCUUCUGGGAGAAGAAGAUUCCCCUGGUGUGUGAUGGUUUGGAGAAGACCUGGUUGCUCCAUAACAUUGGUUGCUGUUAUUUGGAGCUGGAACGCUACAACGAAGCAAGAGACUACGGCAUCAAUUCAGUCACUGCAGCUGAUGAAAUUGCAGAUUUGAAAUGGCAGAUAAAUGCCAAUGUUUUGGUGGCACAGUCAGAAUUAAAACUCAGAAAUUUUGAAACUUCUGUCUCGCAUUUUGAGAGGGCUUUGACCCAGGCAAGACUGCAAGAUGACCACUCUGCUGUGAACGCCAUUCAGAAGGCUCUUGAUGAAGCUAAACAACACCUGCAAAAGUGAGGAUGACCAUCACAAAACAGUUACUGAAUGAAAAAGUUGAUGCAGUUUGUGGUAAAGUCUGCUUCCUCUAAUGGUUAGUUGUGUCAUUUGAGUUUUUGUGUGAAUAAAAAGACUAGUAAA